CCGCCAUCUUUAUUAAUUUUCCCGGGUUCCUAGCUGAUACACCUCAUCGUCAUCGCCUAUAGUAAAAGAGAAUUUCUGAGCGGCAUUGCUUCCUUCUUACAUUACUUCUUUUAAACCUUUCAGGAUUUGGAAUAGAGCUGUGGAUGAUGAGUGGGUCGAAGAGCAAAUGUGGAUCUGCAUCACACCAGCUUUUGAUGGAUAAUUCAAAGAAUCGGCUCAAUGAUCUCCAAGAAAGAUUUAGUAGUCUUCGGACAGCCAGAAAGGAUGGCCGUGUAAAUGACGUGGUUGUGUUAGAGGAGCAAGUCAAUCAGAUACUUCGAGAGUGGAACUCCGAGCUCAGUGCGCCAUCCCCGGCCUCUUCAUUACUUGGUGGUAGUCUUGGAUCGUUCUCAGAUGACAUAGGCCGUCUGUUACAAUUAAGCGAGGAGCAAGAUGAUGCCACUAGUCCAUUGGCAGAACUAAUGUUGAAGCCUCAACCUGAUGUUCAAGGCCUUCAUCCUGGUGCUAUGACAACAUUUCAAGAGGACUAUUUGGUGAACAAUGAGCUGCAGGAACAUUGUUUCCAAGGGUCCGAUGGAUGCAAAGGCUCCACCUUAGGCAUGCACAACAUUGUAGGUGGUGUCUCUGAUAUAACUUCUCAGUUAGACUACAGCCAGUUAAACUUGCAUCAGGAAUUAGAGCAUGGGCUUCUUGUUGGUGCCUGCUGUGGUGAAGAAUUUGAAAAGGAUGCUGGAUCCAACAUUCUGCUAAAUAUCUGCCCACCAUCUGCUUUCAUGGGCCCAAAAUGUGCGCUGUGGGAUUGUACAAGGCCAGCUCUAGGAUCUGAGUGGUACAGGGACUACUGCAGCUGCUUUCAUGCUACUUUGGCUUCAAAUGAAGACUCUCCUGGAAGGACUCCAGUUCUGCGACCAGGGGGCAUUAAUUUGAAGGAUAAUUUACUUUUUGUUGCUGCUAAUGCGAAGGCACAGGGUAAGAAUGUGGGUAUUCCUCAUUGUGAAGGGGCCGCUAAUACAAAAUCUCCAUGGAAUGCUACUGAGCUUUUUGAUCUUUUUUUACUAAAAGGGGAAACAAUUAGGGAGUGGCUCUUUUUUGAUAAGCGUAGAAGGGCAUUUGAAAGUGGAACAAGAAAGCAGAGGUCCUUACCAGAUCAUAGUGGACGUGGUUGGCAUGAAUCAAGAAAGCAGGUGAUGAAGGAAUUUGGGGGGCAAAAGAGGUCCUAUUAUAUGGACCCACAACCUUCCGGCAGUUUGGAGUGGCAUUUAUAUGAGUAUGAGCUCAACAGCUGUGAUGCUUAUGCAUUAUAUAGAUUAGAACUUAAGCUUGUGGAUGAGAAGAAAAGUCCGAAGGUAAAAGUUACGAAGGAUUCACUUGCUGAUCUGCAGAAGAAGAUGGGGCAGCUAACUGCUGAGGUUCCUGCUGAUACUAGAUCCUCUGUUAAGGGCAACAGAAAGACUAAUAAAAAUGUUGAUAAAAACGUUGACUCUGCAAAAUUUAAUUCUUCUCCAGGUGACAUUACUUCGACCACUGAAGUUCUACAUCAAGGUUCAAGUGGUAUACACAAGCUUCUUGCGGACAGUUUAACUGACGAUUAUGACACAUAUGAGCAGCCUAGCCUUGAUGAAGAAACAAAUUAAUUACCCAGCUUUAGAAAUGCUAAUUUGCUGCAGGGUGGUGAUUCAUAGUCAGAAUUUUUGUUUCAGUGAUUGAUGUUGCAGGGCAACAUCUUCUUUAGCUAAAGGGGAAAACUUCAUAUUGUAGUGUAAAGAUACCCCCCUGGAAUUUCAUUAUGGCAGCUGGUGAGAACUGGAAUUGCUUAUAGAUAAUUGAUGUAUAGUGUAGUAGGCUAUCCCUAUAUCUCACACUUUCCUCCAUGUGGGGUCAAAGUUGAUGCUGACAAUAGUUGUCAAAUAUGUAUAUGAAAAGUUAACAAUCUGCCGAAAUUGUUUAAUCUCUGCAUUUUGAGAUAAUUCAUAAUGUGGGUGCCAAAAAAUGUUUGAAAAUUUGCUGGGAUUCUUUAUAGGUUCUAUAUCAAGUACAUGGGAAUGAUAUACUGUCUUGGCAAGCUAUCACCUUUCUCAAGUUUUGAA